CAAUUCACAAGGAAACGUUUCAAGCCCUCGUGUUGGUGUAUUCUAUUUGACCGCCAGAAAGAGAAAGAGAGAGAGCAACAAAAAUUUCAAAUGACACAAAACCCCUCUUUUGGAAUGAAACCUGGACACAAACCAAGAAAGGACUGUUCUCCAGAACCUUCAAAUUCGUCUGAGUCAAGCUACGAAACAAUUGAAGAGCCGCCUACUAAGGUAUACAAGAAGGAUAGCUGGACUAGAGACUGCGAUGGAUAUCCCUUUUUUGAGCUCUCUAAAACAAGAAGAGUCACUGUUCGAAAGUUUUCUGGAAAGAUGUUGGUGGAUAUUCGUGAAUAUUACAACAAUGGUGAAACCUUAGCACCUGGACGAAAGGGAAUUUCUCUUUCCAUUGAGCAGUAUGAGAAGUUGAAGUCUUACCUAGCGGAUAUUGACGAUGCAAUCCAAAGAGGGGUUCCAUGAAAUAUUUGUCUGUGUUAUCCAACGUGCAUCUUUUCUAUGGAGCUUAUAUUGCUUGCCUUUGUUCAAUUUGUGUUUUAUAUUGUCAGCUUUCGUACUUUGCUGUGUUGUAACUUUGAAUCAUACUGUUCUUUGCAUGAAACAGAACUUGAACUGUUAUGCGAUACUUGAUAAAAUACAGAUACCUCCACAGAAUUUUCUCCUGUUUCUGUUAUUCAACUACUGAUACUGAUGUUUUCCAUUGUUUUAGAAUUAACUAAUAUUUUUGCUUUGCCGAAAUUCACUAUAUCUCUUCAAAGUUUAGACAACUCGUGUUAGAUGCUAGUUUCUGUUUCUAGAUAAGGAAGUAUCGCCUAAUGUGAAGAGCAAGGCACUUUUGAUGCUCUUUCAAUCAUUACUAAAUCGUCGAAUCUUCAUACAUUUCAGAUUUCAGUGAGCAAAUUAAAUAAUCAGGGAACGUG